AUGUUCAUCUAUGCUGCUAUUGUGACCGUAAUUGGCAUUACACUCAAUAUCCUUCUCAUCUAUACGAUGACGAAAGUUAAAACGAAAAUGUUUGGAGUUGUUCAACGAAUAUUCUAUAUUAUGGCUGUUGUUAACAUCUUCAGUAUGAUUUCCUAUUUUGGCUUAAUACCUGUAUUAUAUUGCUUCGAAGGACAUAUACUACUAAUAUCUCAUAAUUUCAAUGAAAUUCCAUUCAUUUCCAAUUUAAAAUCUUUAUAUAACUUCUUCGUUACGAUUAAAGCUGUGAUUCUGAAUAUAACGUCUGUGACACUGUGGACAGCUCUGUCCGUCUUUGCAGUAUCCAUUGUCUUUCACCCAACAAUUGAAACUUUGGAUUAUCUAGAGCAGUUGGAACCGUUACAGCGAUUUCAUCUGAAGCAGAACUUGAAGUUUGCUGCUUCUCUCAAAGAUAUUGUUGGUGAUUAUAUACGAAUAAUAAAUUUCUUCGUAUACUUUGCUAGCUUGACUGUUCCAAUUUUCAUUAUAUUCUUCUGUGCUCAACGAAUUUUACGAAAUUUGGAAAAUUUGAAGAAAGAUCAAACUCUCUCACAAAGUACAAUUACUGCUCAUGAACGUCUGUUGCGUGUACUGCUCAUACAGACAUUCUUACCUGUUGUAUCAUUUCUAAUUCCAAGUGCCGGUUUGGGAUUUCUACUCGUCAGUCAAGUAACUCCACCUGAACUAUUCACAUUCUCAAUAGCAUGUCUCUUUCCUAUAUCUAUAACACUAUAUCCUAUUUCAAUUGUCUAUUUCGUAGAUCAUUACAGAAAAUUUGUUUUUCAACUUUUAUUUUGUAAAAAAUCAUAA